GAGUCUUUCUGCCUAUUGAGUCAGAAAGGACCGAAAACUUUCUCUACAAAUUGCCUGAUAAAUUUAUUUUAGAGCUGCAUAAUUUCAUCAGAAUGGCUCAUAGCAGUAAAGGAAAGCUCAUUGCUGUUAUAGGUGACGAGGAUACAUGCACAGGAUUUUUACUUGGAGGAAUUGGUGAAUUGAACAACAAGAGACAACCUAACUUUAUGGUUGUUGAAAAAGAUACAAGCGUCCAUGACAUCGAAGAAAGCUUCAAGAGUUUUUCCACCCGAUCAGACAUUGCGAUUAUUCUCAUUAAUCAGAACUAUGCAGAGCUUAUAAGACAUCUUCUAGAUGCUCACACGGAACCGGUUCCCGCUGUUUUGGAAAUCCCUUCGAAGGACAGCCCCUAUGAUCCAAGUAAAGACUCCAUACUAAGAAGAGCUAAGGGAAUGUUCAGUGCGGAGGACUUCAGAUGAAGUAACAUUAGAUUGCAAUAACUCUUGGUCUGGAGACUGACACAAUUUAACAAAUGGAGUAAUAUCAUUCUAAAAAGUAAUACCAACUCAAUAUCUGUCUUUGAAAAUGUUCGAAGGGCAAGGCCACUUUCAUUUUGCAAAGUGCACUUCUAUUGGAAAAUCUUUAAGUCAAUUGGAAGCUUAUGAAGAAUUUGGAAUCUCAAAGAUUAUGAGACGAAAAUUAUUUUCGCAUGCAAAAACGUAUUUUCAUGACAUUGUUUUACUCAUUUCUCAAAAACAACAGC